AAAAUCACGCUCUUCAUGAGCGGACCAGGCGUCACUUUGGAUCCGCCAGCCUCGUGCCUCGUCUCAUUCCUUUCGCACCGCUCGGCGUGUUCAGUCGCGUCAAGUGCAGCGUGGUCCGGCCUCGUGCUCUCGAGGAUUGAGGACGAUUUAUUAAUCCCCCCUCCCCAGAGGAUGACCUCCUACUACGACGAAGUAGAGAUUGAAGACUUUGAGUGGGACGAGGACUCGGAAACCUAUUUCUACCCGUGCCCGUGCGGUGAUCGUUUCCUGAUUACGAAGGAGGAGUUAAUCAAUGGCGAAGAUGUCGCAACGUGCCCGAGCUGCUCCCUCCUCCUCAAAGUCAUUUACGACCCAGAGCAAUUUGCCGCAGAGGAGGAGGAGUGCGGACGUAUUAACUCCGCUUGUGCCACCUCUCUACCCCGCUGCGCCGAGGCCCAGCCCUCUUAAUCGGAACGCUGUCGAUAAGGUCAAUUCUUACAAAAAAUUCUGUCAACAUGUCGGCAACAAUUACGGCGUCCAUGUCCCCCGACCAAGGAACACGUACGCCUUCAACGUCCACCGCUACACGGACCGGUA